CUUUAGAGUAAAAAGGUGGUCGACUCCCUAGUUAUCUAGAGUUAGGUUUGUUGUGCCAUACUGCUUCGUUCGACGAGGGGUGCGCUCUUCGAAUAUGCGUUUUUGGCGAAGGCAGGAAAGUAGAUCUUCGUCUUUGUCCAGAGUGUUGGGUGGCUAGCCGGUGGUUGCAAGAACGAAGAAAGGAAGAUGGAAGAAAUUGCUAACCAAUAUAAGGAUAUGGCUAUCGGGGAUCAAGAGGAAGAUCUGAUUUUCGAGGAUGAGCCACUUGAGGAUGAAGGAGGCUCGGUCAUAGGAGACGUAUCUCCGAUAGUGGGGACCGUGAUCACAGACCGGAUGGUGAAAUUCCCAGUUCUUCGAGAUCUCAUGGCCUCACUCUGGAGGUCAGGUAAAGGUAUUUCAAUAAAGGAGAUCGGCGAAAAGAGGUACUCCCUCCGUCCCAUUAGGAGGUUCCAAUUGCGGUUUACGAUGCUUGACUGACGAUAAAGCCUGAUAAAAAAUGUGCAUGACAUUCCCUAUGAUUUUAUGAAUUUGGGAGUUGCUAGGAGGAUUGAGAACUUUAUUGAAGAAUUUAUCAGCUUUGAUAAUAACCAGUUUGAUAAAAAAAAUGGAAGCCCUAUAUGAGGAUUAGAGUUUGUUUGGAUGUGGAGAAGUCAUUAAAGGUGGGUACCACUCUCAGGAAGGGACAGGGUGAAGGGCACUGGGUUGACUUUAAGUAUGAGAAGUUGCCUAUCUUUUGUUUUUCCUGUGGUAUUAUAGGACAUGUUGGCAGGUUCUGUCCCCUGGUUUACGAAAACAUAUAUGUGGAUACCAACCAGCAAUAUGGGGUCAGCUUACGUGCAGGAGGAGGGGGGAAAGCUUGUUGGGGGGGGGACAAAUGGCUAGUUCCAGAAGGAUCAAGGGAUGGAAGUAUGGCAGUCCGAGAGGAUGGAGAGAGAGCUGGUCCGAGCAGGCAAGGAUGGGAACUUUCUUUGGCUGGGAACAUUAAGAGCCGGACGGAGGAUGAAGAAACAACGGUUGUGGAUGGCACAAGUGGAGAUCCAAAACGUAGGAGGACAUGGGAAGAGGAUAGUGGUGAGAGGGACGAGGGGAAAACAUGGCCUUGGACGACCCAAAAACCGGAGAGGGGACGGGUUUAGGUACCUCAACCCGCCGAGUACUCUGAAGAUGCUCUUAAGGAACGGGUGUUGGUGCUCUCGUUCGUGUGUUUCAGGAUGCAAGUUAAUUUCCACGCUUUUACUUUUUUUUAUUUUCAUGGUAUGCGAUCAGACUUUAUUUUUUUCCUUUACUGUUGUUUCGAUUUGUCAAACUCUUACAUUAGGUGGGGGUGAUGAGGGUUUUGCUCGGGCCACGUUAGACUCAUUUAGACCCAAUAUAGGAUCAUCGAAUCAUAUUGCUCUGGCUAGGGUGAUUGGUUCUCCAGCUGGUUCGAGGGUCGGUGGCUUGAAGUGUUUCCUUUAUCGUUUGUGUCCCUUGCCGAAUGUCUUAUUAUCAAUAUAAGCCUCCAUGUUACAAAAAAAAGUAGCUUUAGAGUAUGUGUGGGAGCUCAGAGAGAAUGGGGAGGAG